AUUGGCUGUAAUGUAGGUCGAUCAUGUUUCCAUCUCGUGCACGUAAAAUUUCGACUUGUUGAGUUGUUUCGUGUUUGUUAUCGAAGAAGAAAGUCGUGUUUAGGACAACUCAUGGAUAUGACGUUAGAUAGAGGAAUUUUUGUGCAUUUAGUUGCUGGAGGUGCUGGAGGUACCGCAGGAGCAGUGGCAACCUGUCCCCUGGAGGUGGUGAAGACACGCCUUCAGUCCUCCUUGGGAAUGUCCUUAACAGCCCAUCCAGCAUUUCGCCUGUCUCACAACACAGUGCUGGCCCACACUGCUGGCAUUCACACCAGUCAGGGGGCAGUUUUCCCCGUACUGAGGUCACAAACAGGAAGCCUGCGAUACUGUUUGGCACAUAUCCUGGAAACAGAGGGUGUUCAGGGACUGUUCAAGGGACUAGGACCAAAUCUCGUGGGUGUAGCCCCCUCUAGGGCCAUUUAUUUCUUUUCCUAUGCCAACAUGAAGACUUUUCUCAACUCCAGGAUCACUCCAGAUACACCAGUGGUCCAUUUCUUCUCUGCGUUAGCUGCAGGUUUCACAUCGUGCACACUCACCAAUCCUAUCUGGUUCGUGAAGACACGAAUCCAGCUUGAUCAGAAGAGGAACAACCGGUUGACGGUUCGAGAAUGCAUCCAACAGAUUAACCGACAAUACGGACUGCGUGGAUUCUAUAAAGGAAUUACAGCCUCCUACUAUGGCAUGGCUGAAACGGUAAUUCACUUUGUCAUCUAUGAGGCCAUCAAAGCUCAGUUACAGGAGCGGUAUUCUGGGGAGAGCACCACCUGGACAGACUUCCUACGAUGUAUGGUGGCUGGAGCAACCUCUAAAACCAUUGCAACAUGUGUUGCUUACCCUCAUGAGGUAGCACGCACAAGGUUAAGAGAAGAGGGUACAAAAUAUCGCUCAUUCUUCCAGACCCUAAUUUUAGUGUACAAAGAAGAGGGUCGUCCAGGGUUGUAUCGAGGAAUCGGGACUCAGCUGAUUCGACAAAUCCCUAACACGGCUAUUAUGAUGGCCACAUAUGAGCUAGUUGUGUAUCUCUUCUCAAAUUAAAUUAAAACCAUCAAGGACACCAAACACUCUGUGAUAAUUGUCCAGCAAGCAGGAUUUCAUUCCAACCCAAUGGAUGAAGGGAUGUGCUUGACAAUAAGCAUAACCACCCAGAACAUGGAACACUGUUUGUGAUUGUCUUCAAGACAAAGAUUCCAUUCCAGCCAGUCGGAUGAAGGAUCAUGCCUAGCAUGCCUUUCCUGUGGUCAUGUGUGUUCAGAUCUUACUUUGUGCCAAAUUGAGUUAGUACUAUUCUGAAGCUAGUCAUGUUUGAAUGGCAACAUGUUGGGAAGAAAAGAUUACAUGUUCUCAUGUGUAAUUUGUAUGAACUAUUUCCUGAUGUGACUUGUAACAGAUUGUUUCCUUGAAGGAUUAUGUUCUUAUCACAUCGAAUGUGGUUUUAAUGGAACUACACUAUUGUAAAUUAAAAGGCAUUUUGUUUUGCUCAGGAUAAAACCCACAAAUCCAUAGACUGCUGACACUCUUUGAUUUUAAAGUCGCCAUGAAUAUUUGUUUGGAAUUAGUACAAUGAUAACACCAUGUUGUUUUUUAAAAACUCUUUGGAAACUGACUGUUCAUGGCAAUAUAUUAUAAAGGACUUCAUGUGUUUCACUCAGGAAAGAAAUUACCUGUAUAAAUGUAUUGUCUGUUUCAAUUCAUGAUGUAGAAAUAGAUUGCAGCAUAGCAUUGUUUCUGUGAUUUAUUUGUAACAUUACAUGCUGUUAACUCAGUAUUUAUUAAAGUUUGGAAACUAAAA